GGCAGGAGAGGUCUGCGCGCCAUGUGGGACCCUCCUCUGGUGGCCGGGGGGCAGCUGGGGAUCGAACCGGCGCUGCAGAGGCUGCGGGCAGCUUCGCAACCCAGCGCUCAACCGCUGCGCCACCGGGGAGGCCCCCAAAUCUCAGACUCUUAAGAUUUGGGAUUUACUCCACCAAUUAUGCUUCAUGACACUGCACAAAAUAUUUUGGACCAGGGACCCAAGGUUGCUGCUGAGAUUAAGCACCUGGACCCCCCAGCUGACAGAAGGUGCUCCAGAUGGAAGGUGUUAAGAUCCUCACAGGAGAAGGCCUCGGGCCCCAGGCUUGCUGCAGUGUACGCUGGUUUCCUGAGCGUGGAAGACUCUGAGUAACAGGAGUCGGUAAUUAGAGGAGAGCCUUACAACCCCAAAGCCUCCAGGCAGAGGUGCUGGCAGUUUCCUCGUCAAAAGUGGCCAAGACCAUCCAGGACUCUGCCUUGUGGGCUGAGGCCAGAUAGCCCCUGAGAACUGAGUGGUCAGGUCAUCAUGCUGCAGCGGCUCCUCAUCACCCUGCCUGCCGAGGCUGGCACCUGGGUGAAGUUUCACCAUCCCAACAAGGCCAAGGAGGGGGCCCCUCUGUGGGAGGAUGUGACUAAGUUGUUUGAAAGAGAAGCUCUGCUAUCUCAGGAUGCUCGUGAGACACAGGGAGAAAGUUUAGAGGAUGAAGUGGCCUCUAGAUCCCUGACAGUGGAAUCCCAGGAAUUGUUGACCUUCAAGGACAUAUCUGUGGACUUCACCCAGGAGGAGUGGGGGCAGCUAGCCCCGGCCCACCGGAAUCUGUACCGGGAGGUGAUGCUGGAGAACUACCAGAACCUGGUGUCAGUGGGAUAUCAGUUUUCCAAGCCUGGUGUGAUUUCACAGUUGGAGAAAGGAGAAGAACCAUGGCUGAUUGAAAACGCCAUUUCAGGAGGUCCAAGUUCAGAAGUGGGAGACAAAAUAGAAACCAAAGAAUCAACCUUAAAGAAUGACAUUUCUUGGGAUGAAUUACAUCAUGGCCUGAUAAUGGAAAGGUCCACAAGAGGAAGCACCUUGUAUUCCACAUUGGGAAGAAUUACCAAACAUGACAACUUAGAAAACCACCAGGAAAACCAAGACAUGGGUGAAGAGCACGUCCCCUUGAUUGGCCAGAAAAUGCUCACUCAGGAAAGUGGCCGAGAAUCUAACAGAUUUGAGAAAAGUAUUAAUGUGAGCUCAAAAGUUAUUCCAGGACCAGUAGGUUCUUCAAGAAAAAGAGACCAUAAAUAUGACAUACAUGGAAAGAGAGGUAGAUACAACCUAGAUUUGAUUAAUCAUUCAAGGAGUUACAGAAGAAUGAAAACCUUUGAAUGUAGUAUUUGUGAAAAAAUAUUCAAACAACUCAUUCACCUUACAGAACAUAUGAGAAUUCAUACUGGAGAGAAACCUUUCAGAUGUAAAGAAUGUGGAAAAGCCUUUAGCCAAAGUUCAUCACUUAUUCCACAUCAGAGAAUCCAUACUGGUGAGAAACCCUAUGAAUGUAAGGAAUGUGGGAAAGCCUUCAGACAUCCAUCAUCUCUAACUCAGCAUGUUAGAAUUCAUACUGGGGAGAAGCCCUAUGAAUGUGGUGUAUGUGAGAAGGCAUUCAGCCAGAGCAUUGGGUUGAUCCAGCAUUUGAGAACUCAUGUUAGAGAGAAACCUUUUACGUGCAAAGACUGUGGGAAAGCAUUUUUCCAGAUUAGACACCUUAGGCAACAUGAGAUCAUUCAUUCUGGUUUGAAACCCUAUAUUUGUAAUGUGUGCAGUAAAACCUUCAGCCAUAGCACAUACCUAACUCAACACCAGAGAAUUCAUACUGGGGAAAGACCUUAUAAAUGUAAGGAAUGUGGGAAAGCCUUUAGCCAGAGAAUACAUCUUUCUAUCCAUCAGAGAGUCCACACUGGAGUAAAACCUUAUGAAUGCAGUCAUUGUGGGAAAGCCUUUAGACAUGAUUCAUCCUUUGCUAAACAUCAGAGAAUUCAUACUGGAGAAAAACCUUAUGAUUGUAAUGAAUGUGGAAAAGCCUUCAGCUGUAGUUCAUCACUUAUUAGACAUUGCAAAACACAUUUAAGAAAUACCUUCAGCAAUGACACAUAAACUGUGUUCAACAGCAAAGAAUCCCCAUAUUUAAGCAAAAGCCUCUUAAUCUGUGAUAUUUUGACUUAGAUUUCAAGAGUCAAUAAUUUUUAAUGGCUUGACCAAAUGUUAAAACUAUUAAUUUUACCAUAUUUUAUUUUAUUUUUUAAAAGAUUUAUUUAUUUAUGCAUACAAGAGCUGGGGUACAGGCCAGGGUACAGGAGGGGUUUGCCCCGCCAUGUGGGACUCUCCCUGGCUGGCCGGGAAUUGAACCUGCACUGCAGAGGCUGUGGACAGCUUCAUAGCACUGCACUCAACCCACUGCACCACCAGGGAGGCCCUAAUUUUACCAUAUUUUAAAAGAAAGGAUAUUUUGAUACUUAAAAAUAGAGAAGGGAUAUAAUCAAAAGAUAGCUCUUUACUUUGAAUUAAGUCAGCUCUUUGAAAAUCUCCUAAAUUUGCCUUUAUUUUUCUCAUUUCACUAAGGGCCAGUGAAAACUUCGUCAUGACAGGUCAGUGAUCUAUGGAUUCAUUUUUGAGAAUCACUGUUUUAAAUUCCCCUUCAAUGAAUCAGAAUAAAAUGUAAUCUUUUGCUAUAGCCCUUUAUAUUGCUAGGAGAGGUAUAAAUAAAAUAUCCAUUGACUCAUUUCUAGGAGACAUGUUAAAGGGAGUUUUCAAAAAUUGUUUAUUAUAUAUAACAUUUAUUUUUAUGGCUUCCUGUAGAGAAGAAUUAGCAAACUUCUUCUGUAAAGGGCCAGAUAGUAAAUAUAUUAGGUGUUGUCUAUAAUAUGUUUUCUGUCAGAACCACUCAACUCUGCCAUUUUAGUGCAAAGAAGUCCAGACAAUACAUAAACUAGGGUCUCUCAGCCUUGGUACUGCUGAUAUUUGGCCUGAUACUCAGUAAUGAGCAGCUGUUUUGUGCAUAGUACGAUGUUUACGAGCAUCCCUUGCAACAGAACAUCAGUAUUAACCCCAAUCAUUGUGACAGCCAGAACUGUCUCUAGACAUGUUCAGAUAUCCCCUAGACAGCAACAUUUUGUCUAGUUGAGAACCACUGAUAUAAAUAAAUGGAUGUAGCUGUGUUCCUAUAAAAGUCAUUUAAAAGCAGAUGUUAAUUACAUUUAACCUCAGGGCUAUAGUUUGCCACUCCUGCUACACAGUAUGUAAAAUGAUUAGUAAUGGCAAUAGAGUAUCAUUUCUUGUUACUGGUAUGUUUGUAUUUAUAAGUCAAGUCUGUCUGUAAUUCCUUAUCAAUUCUUUUGGUAUUUUGUUGCAAGAAUUAAAAAAAAAAAAAGCACAUGUAUAUGCUGUUCUGGAAACCUAGGAAUUUUUUGUGGAGAUAUUUAUACAAACUUCAGUCCCUAAUGCUUUUUUUGUUUAUAAAUACUCUGGGAUAUAGCUCUAAAAGGUCAGCACUUUUAAAACAUACCCUCAAUGCUAAUAUUAUACCUAAAAAUUAGUCCAUAAUUUCUUAAUAAAUAUUGGUGGCUAUCAUUUUGAUUGUUUUUAAAUUUCCGUUUGCCAAGCAUGCAGUUGUAGGUUAGAAAAUGUGCUUUAUGUUGAGUGGAAGGCUCUUUGAGAUAACCCCAGAACAAUACAUGUAGAGCCCCACCAAAGAGGACCAAGUAGAAGGUAACUACAGAGGCCAUAUUGAGGCAGGGAAAUAUGAGAGGAAGUGUCAGAAUUGACCUUAGCACUUCACUGUACUUUAGAGGUACUCCAUCCUUCCAGGCAAAGCUG